AUGUCAAAUAGAACUAUUGAUCCAGGUGUAUCAAUUAAAACUUAUGAUAUUCUUAAUUUUGAUGUUCGAAAAGUAAAAUCUCGAUCGUCAAAUAUAGUCAGUGCAUUAACUACUAGUCAAUCGAUUCCACAAACAGUUAUAAAUGAUGAUUUUGUUAAAAAAAGUGAAGUACCACCAUAUGAUAUUCAUCAACGUGAAGCUAAACGACAACGACAAAUCGAACGAAGUAAAACUAAAGGUAACAAUUGGUAUCAUAUGCCAGCACCAGAAAUGACUGAAGAAAAGAAAAAUGAUUUAAUUGCUAUUCAAAUGCGUAGUGGUUUAUAUGCUGAUAAAUUUUUUAAAAAAGGAAGUGAUAUAAAAGGUCUUCCAAAAUAUUUUCAAACUGGUACUGUUGUUGAUAAUCCAGCUGAUUUCUAUCGACGUAUACCGAAGAAAAAUCGAAAGAAAACAAUUCUUGAAGAACUUUAUAAUGAUAGUAAAGUUAAAAAAUUUAGUAGAAAACGUUACGUUGAAAUUAAAGAAACAAAUCGUCGACGUAUUGCUGCUAUGAAACAUAUGAAACGUUUAAAAAAUAAAAAAAAAUGA